GUAACAUUAUCAGUGAUAGAAGGGAGUGGGGUGUUGAAGGAGGGAGGAAGAGGCAGGAUAGGAGUGGAAGGAUUGUGGAGUAUUGUCUGCUCUCUAAAGUUGGUUGUUUUCUUACAGACGUUUCACGACCCAACUAGGUCAUAUCAUCAGUGCUAAAGGGAGUGGGGUGUGAAAGGAGGAGGAAGCAAAGAGCUACAUAGUGCUAGUCUGUAUGUGAUACGCCGUACGCUAAAUAAAUACAUGUCCCUGCAGCCAUGAACGAGUGGGUGCCCAUCGCUAAAGAGUACGACCCCCUCAAAGCGGGGAGCAUCGAUGGCACCGACGAAGAACCUCACGACCGGGCUAUUUGGAGGGCCAUGUCCGCCCGUUACGUCCCCAACAAAGCCGUUUCCGGAGACCCCCACCUGACCCUCUUCGUAGCCCGCCUGAACCUGCAAACCACAGAAGAGAAGUUAAAAGAGGUUUUCUCCCGGUAUGGAGACAUUCGGAAAAUGCGCCUGGUUCGCGACCUGGUGACGGGUUUUUCCAAAGGCUACGCUUUUAUUGAGUAUAAAGAGGAGCGGGCGCUGCUGAAAGCCCACCGCGACGCCAACAAGCUGAUCAUCGACCAGCGGGAAAUCUUCGUCGACUUCGAGCUGGAAAGGACUCUCAAGGGGUGGAUCCCGCGCAGGCUCGGAGGCGGUUUCGGCGGGAAGAAGGAAUCGGGCCAACUACGGUUCGGAGGCCGAGACAGACCCUUUAGGAAGCCCAUCAACUUGCCGGCCAUGAAAAGGGAUUUUUACGGCGAGGAGAAAAGAGAGCGGGCUUGGUCCCGGGGAGGAUCGAAGGAUUGGAAGACCGGGGAACGAGAUUACGAGAGGAGCCGAGAGUCCCGGCGAUCGGAACGAUACGGCAAGAGCGAAAGAGAGCUGGAGCACCGGGGUAGGGAAGACAGGGGCAGAGGCGUGGAAGGGAGGGAGCGAGAAAGGAAAGAUCGGAGUCGCGAGGCCAAAGAUGGCAAAGGAUGAAGGCCACCGUCGAUGGGACAUUUCCUUCAAGUGUUGCUCCAUUGAAAGAGAACAUCAAAAGCGUAGACCUCAUUCCCAAGCCAAGGUGGAUGGUCAUCUGGAAUCCAUACAGACAUUGUGGGCAGAAACGGCAACUUCCCAGCUGAAGAAGAGUCAAUAUUGUUGACAGUAUUGUUCUUGGGUCUUAUCCCAAGAUCUGUUGAACGUUGGAUCCCAUGUUGACAUUAUUGCCUGUUAUAUCUGAAGUACCAAAAAGGAGAGAGCUGGUUUAGGAUUCUCACCACCGUCCCAUAUCCUUUAAUUCUUGAAAAUUAAAAAUAAGGCCUUCAUUCCACCAGGAGAAAUGUUCCUGAAGGCAAAAGGGAAGUAGGGUUGAAUUUAUAGAUGGGGUGUGAGGGACUCAGACCAAAAGACCGUUUGCGAGUCAGUGAAAUCACCCCGGAGGCCUCUUGUUAAUUCAGAAAUAAGUUUAUUUAGCAUAUUAAAAAGAGUUCUACAGUUCUCUCUACUAGUCCCAGCCAAAUCGUCUUUAUUGCCUUUAACUAUCUAACACCCUGAAUCUUGAAUUAAAAACAAAGCGUCCUCUUUGCAUAUCCUGUGUUUGCACGAUUGUUGUUAUCCUACACCGUGGGUGUCGAAAUUCGGCAACUUUUGAGACUUUUUGACUUCAAUUCCCAGAGUUCCCCAGCCGGCCAGCCGUGCCGGCUGGGGAAUUCUGGGAAUUGAAGUCCACCGGUUUUAAAAGCUGCCGAGUUUUGACACUAAAACCUUCCCAGAUAAUUGUGUUAAGAGAGAAUACAGAGGUUUGGGGAUAUUUAGUGAAGUGCUAACCCGCGAUUUGUGCAAAGCAACUUAAAAUUCAUAAAAAGGUUAUUUGGAUGUGA